AUGGACACUACGGAAAAAGUGAUUAAAGUGGUGUCUCAACAGCUUGAACUUCCCGGCAGACACAGUGACUACCAUCUGUGGGUGACAUCUGGAAAGGAUGAACCUCCAUAUCCUCUUUGCGGUCAUGAGUACCCUUACAGUAUUGCAAUGAGCUGUCUCCAGGAAUCUGUGGUUAUGGCCAGAGGACUCAACAAUAACCUUCCUUUAGAGCACAGUGCAGACGAUAUUCUUGAACAGUCCCCCCAUGAAAGACAGUGCCAGUUCAUCAUUAAGCUUCGGCCCCAGGGCCUCAUGGAUGUG